AUGGGUGCAGCUGGGGGAGUCUUUCUACGCUUUUGCGCCCUCGUCAUCCGAGUAUUGCAGUUCCUCGCUGCUGCCGUCAUCCUCGGUAUAUUCUCAUACUUCCUCGCUAUUCUCUCGAAACAUGACCAACACAUCGCGACAUGGCUCAAGGCCGUUGAAGGUCUGGCUGGUGCAGCUACCUUAUAUGGUCUAUUCGGCCUAGUCUUCGUAUGCUGUCUCGGUGGUGUGGCUUUCUUCGCCUUCCUCGGAGUCGUAUUCGAUAUCCUCUUUACAGGCGCGAUGAUCGCCAUCGCCAUCAUGACUCGCAAGGGUACAAAUUCCUGCACCGGCACGGUGAAUACUCCUAUCGGCUCGGGCGAAUCAACGGAUGACAGCCCUUCGAAGCUGAACUACGGCAUGGCCUGUACAUUGGAAAAGGUCGUGUUCGCAGUGUCAGUGAUCGGAAUCUUCCUUUUCCUUAUCUCCAUUCUCUUCCAGGUGCUUCUCGCCCGCCACCACAAGCGUGAGAAGCGCUUCGGACCCUCCCCCGCCAACGGAUACACUUCUGGUAGCCGCAAGUGGUUCUGGAGCCGUAACAAGAACAACCCUGAGACCAUCGGUGAUAACACGCUACCUGGUCACCCUACUCCUGCUGAUGUGGAGUAUGGUGCUGAGCCUACGGUCGAGAAGAACUGGUUCGGACGCAAAAAGAACACCGCGAACGGCACCACUGCGACGGGUGCUGCGAAUGGAAAUGGAUAUGGAUAUGGUAACUCCGCUUACACGGGUAACUACUAA